GCGCGCUCGCGGCGGAGGGUAAACAUUCGACAGUCCCCGCUCAGAGAGGGAGGGACGCAGAGCGAACUGUCAGAUCCAGCGCCGGCGGGCGGGCGGGCGAAAGGGGAGCGGGAGGAAGAGGGAAAGUGAGGGAGGAAGAGAGCGCGCAAACCAGGGCGCGAGCGAGCGCCCGCUGCAACUCCGCUCCGCACGGCCCGCGCCCGCGCCAGCGCCAGCCGUGCACCCUACAAGCCGCACAGCGUGCCCACUGGAGUUGGUUGUGUACCAAGGAUCCCCUAUAUGCACACACACCCCUCCAUCUCCACCAAUGCACUCUUCCUCCUCCUCCUCCUCCUCCUCCUCCAGACAACUGCUGGGAAAAAAAUAAAACACCAACCCCAACCUUCAGCAACAAGGAAAGAUGUCGCAUCAAACGGUGGCUGUGGCGAGGAGGAUGGAAAAGGACUCUUGUUUCAGAGGCAACCGAGAGCCCCGGCAGUAGCAACUGCAGAGGCAUGCAGCAUCGCAGGAAGUUUUCCUAGGACAGGACAAAACUUGAGCCGCGGACCCGAAGGGAGAGCAGGAGCCCGCUCCCCGCUCCGCACGCGCCGGCAGCCAGCACCACCCCGCCUUCAAGGACUCCAAAAGUUUUCCUGCUGCCGAGGACGAGCAGCGAAAUGUGUGCGUGAGGAGGGAGGAGAGCGGCCGGGGAAGGAGCAGGCGGGCUGGCUGCGGGUCAUCCGUAAUUUGGUGCAAGAAGAAAGGAGCGGCUUCUUCCUUUGUUGUCUCCUGUGAAGUCGCCACUUAGCAGGUGGAGCGAGCCCCGCGCCCCGGCCGAGUCCGCGCUCCCGGGACCGGAGGAGGAGUGGAGCCCGAGACCCGCCCGGGAGCCCGAGCGCAGGCCCGCGCCCCGCCCGGCGAGCCCCGCUGGAGCCAGCCGAACGCGCCGGGGCUGGGGGCCGGCCCAGACCCCCCGUGAAGGGGGCGGCCGAGGAGCGCGCCCCGAAAAGCUAGCCCCCUUCUGCACAGCGCUGCUGCCGCCGCCGCCGCUGCUGCUGCUGCUGCUGCCAGAGGCCGGCCCGCGACCCCCGCGCCCUGCCGAGCGGCCUUGCUGCUCCAGCCGGGGGCCUCGGCGGCGGCGGCGGGGGCGGAGGAGGCGGCGGCGGAGGAGCGGCCCAGGCGGCGGCCGACUGGGGGCCGACUGGGGCCCGGGGCGGGGGCGGGGGAGGAGUGAGGGAAGGAGGCGGGAAGCGGGGGGCGCGGCGGCGGCGGCGGCGGCCGCGGCUGCUGCUGCGGCGGCGGUGGUGGCGGCGGUGGGGUGGCGGGAGCGGAGCGGCAUGGCCACGGCGGCUUCUAACCCCUACCUGCCGGGGAACAGCCUGCUGGCGGCCGGCUCCAUUGUCCACUCGGACGCGGCGGGAGCCGGCGGCGGCGGGGGCGGCGGCGGGGGGGGCGGCGGCGGCGCGGGGGGCGGCGGGGGCGGCAUGCAGCCCGGCAGCGCCGCUGUGACCUCCGGCGCCUACCGAGGGGACCCGUCCUCCGUCAAGAUGGUCCAGAGCGACUUCAUGCAGGGGGCCAUGGCCGCCAGCAACGGCGGCCAUAUGCUCAGCCACGCGCACCAGUGGGUCACGGCCCUGCCCCACGCCGCCGCCGCCGCCGCCGCUGCCGCCGCCGCCGCCGUGGAGGCGAGCUCGCCGUGGUCCGGCAGCGCCGUGGGCAUGGCCGGCAGCCCCCAGCAGCCGCCGCAGCCGCCGCCGCCGCAGGGCCCCGACGUGAAGGGCGGCGCCGGACGCGAGGACCUGCACGCGGGCACCGCGCUGCACCACCGCGGGCCGCCGCACCUCGGGCCCCCGCCGCCGCCCCCGCACCAGGGCCACCCCGGGGGCUGGGGGGCCGCCGCCGCCGCCGCCGCCGCUGCCGCCGCCGCCGCCGCCGCCGCGCACCUCCCGUCCAUGGCCGGAGGCCAGCAGCCGCCGCCGCAGAGCCUGCUCUACUCGCAGCCCGGCGGCUUCACGGUGAACGGCAUGCUGAGCGCGCCCCCCGGGCCCGGAGGCGGCGGCGGCGGCGCGGGCGGCGGCGCGCAGAGCCUGGUCCACCCGGGGCUGGUGCGCGGGGACACCCCCGAGCUGGCGGACCACCACCACCAUCACCACCACCACGCGCACCCGCCGCACCCGCACCACGCCCAGGGCCCGCCGCACCACGGCGGCGGCGCGGGGCCGGGACUCAACAGCCACGACCCGCACUCGGACGAGGACACGCCGACGUCCGACGACCUGGAGCAGUUCGCCAAGCAGUUCAAGCAGCGGCGCAUCAAGCUGGGCUUCACGCAGGCGGACGUGGGGCUGGCCCUGGGCACCUUGUACGGCAACGUGUUCUCGCAGACCACCAUCUGCCGCUUCGAGGCCCUGCAGCUGAGCUUCAAGAACAUGUGCAAGCUCAAGCCGCUGCUGAACAAGUGGCUGGAGGAGGCGGACUCGAGCACCGGCAGCCCCACGAGCAUCGACAAGAUCGCGGCGCAGGGCCGCAAGCGCAAGAAGCGGACCUCCAUCGAGGUGAGCGUCAAGGGCGCGCUCGAGAGCCACUUCCUCAAGUGCCCCAAGCCCUCGGCCCAGGAGAUCACCAACCUGGCCGACAGCCUGCAGCUCGAGAAGGAGGUGGUGCGCGUUUGGUUCUGCAACCGGCGCCAGAAGGAGAAGCGCAUGACGCCGCCCGGGAUCCAGCAGCAGACGCCCGAUGAUGUCUACUCGCAAGUGGGCACCGUCAGCGCCGACACGCCGCCGCCGCACCACGGGCUGCAGACCAGCGUGCAGUGAAGGCCGGGCGCAGCGACCGGAGAGUCGCCGCCGCCAACGCCAACGCCGCGCCUCCCCCGCACCCGGCCGCCCGGUCCCCGCCGGCCCGCCGCCCUCCCCUCCGCCCAAAGACAGGCAUGCCCGCCCUUGGAGGAAAAAAGAGAGACUGGCCGGCGAGAUGGUUUCUGAGUCCUAGAGAAGAGGGACCAAACAAACAAAAUAUAAUAAACACCCAAAUGGUAUACACAAGCAAAACCGGAAGAGGAAAAGGGGGCGAUCCUGGGAUCGCAUUUAUACUGUGGUGAUGUUUCGUUUUUUGUUCUUGUUUUUGUUUUUUAAAAAGGGUGAAGAGGCCUAGCGCACCAAAACUGCACUCGCCAGGUUUUGCCCGCCCCGAGGAGCCCCCAGGGCGACGGGUGACAGCACCUAGCACCUGCCUCGCCCUCUCCCCUUAAAAAAAUAGCCCCUCCCCCCCCCCUAAAGGGCUGCCUAAAGUGACCGACCGACCGGGACUUGGUUCCUGGGAGCCUCUGAAAGCAGCAGAGGCACCGGCUGAAUCGGGGACGACUCUGCUGGGAACCAGCUCUUCUUGGCCAUAUGAAGUCAUUUGGGGACAAACUGACUAUGAAACGGGAAGGAGAAAAAAAAAGAACAGUCUCCAGCAAAAAUAAUAUCCACAGCUUCUGAAAUUAACAAGCUGAAGAGCAAAGCCAAAAGAACACGUUUCCUUCAAAUAACCUUGGAAAUAAAAAUAUCACGAAGGAGCAGAGGGAUGGGCCAGGGCGAAGGGGACGUCCGCUCAUCCGUCGCCGAGUGGGAGAGGCCCCCAGGGCCCGGCCCGGGGCCGCAGUCUGGGCAUGGAGGGAGGCCCGCCGCAGCCCGGCUGCCAGGGCUGCCUCUGGGACGGAGGAUGCCUAAGGAUUCCACCGCUAAUAAUUUUUUUAUUAAUAUUUUUAUUUUUUAUUUCUGGACUGACUCAUAAAGGGAUUUAGAAAGACGGCGCACCAGCCGCUGCACUUCUUGGACUUCGCUCCUCCACCCGUUGCCAACUUUGAUCGAAUGGGUGCUGCGGCUGUGAUUAUAAUACUGCCAUUUCCAAGCAGUGUUUUUGGUAGGUUUUAAUAAACAGACUUUUCAAAAGACGGCAAUAUAGAUUGUUAGAUCCGUUGCUGAUCUAAAAAUAUUUGCUUUAUAUUUUCAUUAAAUGACUUCUUUUAAUAUUUUAUUCAGAAUACUUAUGAACUGCUGCAAAAUGGUAAUUUAUUUUUCCCCAGAUCUUGUAUUACGUGUUUUUUUCAGACGAGCACAAAUCAAAAUGAAAUGAAAAUAUGGACAGUUGUUAGGUAAUAAGGGUAUCUUUUGAUGUGAUCAUUUGAUUGUAAUUUAAUUUGAGUAGUGAUUCCGUAAGAGCUGAUCGAGAAAAUAAAUUUGUUAGAAUGAAA